UUCAGUUAAUUGGCAUCAAUAAUGGUAAGCACAACAUUGACAACAAUAGCUGCUGGACAACCAACAACGAGUAGCUCAAACCAAAAUCAUCAUCAUCAGUCAUCGGCAACGUCAACCGCAAACAAUACUAAUUAUCAGAGAUCUACAGCGUUACACCAACAACAGCAACAACAACAACAGCAGCAGCAACAGCAGUACUACAAUUCCUCACAACAGCAUCAUUCAUCAACGCUACCAACAGCUUCGGUAGUGCGUAAUAGUUACUAUUACAACUCGUUAGCAUCGAAUGGUGUUCCCAACAGUAUUGUAAAUAGUAGUAGCAGCAACAAUUUAAACAGUUACAACCACAAUAGCGAAACUACAAUUAAAUCAGCAAACGUCACACCAGCCGAGAGUAACCACAAUACACAGCUUCACUACCAGCGACCUUCAACGCUUUGCAACGGCAAGGGCAGCAACAUCACCACAACAGUAACUGCUGGAACAACAGUAUCAACACCCACUGCAGCAGCUGAAACCGCAAAAUCCGAUCAAACCACAAAAUCGAAAUACAAUGAAGCAAAUAAGUCAGCUGUAAAUUUAUCACAAACUCUACUCUCAGCCUCGCCUCCGCUUAACGAUCAAAUAUCAUUGCUCUUUCCUAAGUGUCGUCCUAAGCAUACGGCAACAAAUAGCAAUAAUAACUUAAACAUCAGUCACAAUACUAAUGGGAGCGACACAGCAGAUACUAAUUUAAGUUAUCAUUUAACUGAAAUAAAUCUUAACGGUGCAAAAACGACUAACUCAUUAAGUGAGUCGAAUUGUAGAAGCCCUCCAAUAGUCAAAACACCAGCACCAGCAACAACAACAAACACAACAACAAUAUACGAAAGUAAAGCAUCACCUGAAGCGGCAACAACAAAGACAUUUGCUCCCAAUUAUUAUAAGAGCGUAAAUAUAAUAACGCAGUCACCGCCGCCGCCAUCAACAUCUUCAGUAUCAUCCGAAUCGUUGUCUUCAGUAACACCAAGAAUAUCAACUAAUCCCUUUUUGUGUAACAAUUUGACAAACGGUGAUACAUUGAGUACAUCAACAGCUGCUACGCACAAAUUUGAAGAGCCUGGUAACAAUAUUGUGAGCAACGAGAACGAUAACGACGACGAAGAAGAAUUGCCUGUACCGACAUAUACGAGCUUCUAUUAUCAUACAAGUAAUUUAGCUAACGAACUACGAGGGCAACGUGAAGAUAGACGCACUUACGAAAUGCCACGUAAACGUACAAACUACAACAAUCAUCAUCAUGCUCAUCAUACAAACUCACAGCAACAGCAGCAACAACAACAACAGCAACAGCAAUCACCACAACAAUAUACGCAUUUGUCACAAACACAAAUGAUUGGGACUGUCAAUCACCAACAACACCAACAACUCAACGGCAGUUCAAAUCAAAAUCCUUUUAUUAAAGAUAAUUAUUGGGAGACACGGCACAAUAUAACAGCUAGCAAUGUACUCAAUUCACCGACCGACUAUAGUGGCAACGAAAUUGAAAUACCGGCAACAGCACAACCGUCAACAACAAGACGUGCAUACCAUCAACAAACAUAUAAUGGCAAUAAUAAUGGCAGCAAUUAUAUGUCACGUCAACAACAACAGCACCAACACCAACUCCAACAACAACAACAUCAUAUACGCGUUGGUCGUAGUCCUGUGAAUCACAGCCAAUAUCAUCAACAACAGCAACAACAACAACAGCAACAAACUGAAACAAGUAAACGUUCAAAUGACCAUCAUUUGCUGAGCCAACAACAAACGCAAACACAAACAGUGCCAGGUGGCAUCGAAGGAGUAACACAGCUCGUUAAUCAGUAUUUGUAUGGCAGCAAAAGCAAGGACCAGCAGCACCAACAACAGCUUCAACAAAAACAUCAACAGCAGCAAAUGCAGCAGCAACAACAGCCAGUGGAUGUACAACAGCAACAACAUGUCGGUGUCAAUAUAUGGGAGAAACGCGAAAAAUUAGAGCGUGAAAGUCGGGAACGUGAUAGAGAACAGCGUGAACAACGCAAAGUAUACGUGGAUAAAGAAAGGGAAUGGGAAAGGGAAAGAGAAAGGGAAAGAGAUAGAGACAGAGACCGAGAUAGGGAACGUGAAAAAGAUUGGGAUAGAGACCAGGAAAGGGAUAGAGAUAGAGAGAGAGAGCAUAUACGAAAUGAGCCUGAUAAUGUGCAUGAUAUACGUAAUGUAACACAACAGCAUCAACACUAUCAACAAAAACAGCAACAACAACACCAUCAACAACAGCAACAACAGCUGCAGCAGCAACACCAUCAACAAAAGCAGCGCAGUAAUGUUGAAGGCCGUUUAUCGUUGAUUGCCAACAAUGAAGUUGCCGUCUUCGAUGAAAUCACAGAAAGUUGGAAAAAUUUGAGAGUAACAACCGACCCGAGUGCCACUAGAAAUACUCCAGCUACAACAGCAACUGUAACAGUUACAGCAACUGCUGCCGCCACAACACCCACAGCACAGCAAGCAUCCUUGACACUGGCUGAUAUUAAAGAUGCAAAACCUGAAGUCAACAGUUAUGAGAAUGAAACUGCAGUAUUGUACAAGGAUCAUAAAAGAUACUUAGACCGCAACUAUGCAACAAUAACUGCAGAGACGCGUCAUGGUAUUAUAGAGUAUGAAGGUUCACCACGUCGCAUUGGACAAGUUUCAGCUGGCAAUGCCAACGAAGAUGAGCACAUACAAGCAAACAAAGAUACAACAGCACAAAAGUCAAAGGCUGCAUCGUAUUAUGUGUCUACGUCUGUUAACUCAAACUCACCGCAACAGUAUCCGGCUAGACCAGGUUUUCCGCAACGCAUAAUUUCGCCACCGCGUGAAACGUCUCCGCCAAUAAUGAUGCUUCAAUAUAACAGUAACAAUGUGAACAACAUCAACAACGGGAAACAGUUACUACAACAACACCAGCAGCCACAACUGCAAAAUAAUUCCCAAUCGCUGCCACAACAACAAUCUCCAACUGAUAACAAUGCCGAGGAUACCAGUAAUGACGUUUCUGAAAUUGGCACAAUUUCCGAUCUGACCACACCGGAUGGUGUAUCUGCUGCUAUAAUUGCAGCAACAUCGACAAAUGUUGAGUUAACAGCAACGGCGCCAGUAACAGCAAUAGCAGCACCAACAGCGGCAGCAGCAACAACAACAAUAGCAACAAGCACCAGUAUAUUAAGCAUACCUACAAAGUCAUCAACCUUUGAUUACCUUUAUGAGUUCUCCGAGACACGAAAGGUGCUUGAAGAAUUUUUCAAGUGUCCAUCGAACGAUGAAAAACCAAUUGAAAAUGGCAGCGAUAUUGACAGCAUUGAUAUUCAGUAUGAGUUUCACAGCAACUUGGAUUGUGAUGAUGAGGACGAACAUGAAGAGGAGGAAGACGAAGUUGACGAUAUUGAAAAUGAGGAUUUGCGACAAAAUUUACAACGGCAAGAACAACAAAAACGACAGGACUUGCAAAUACAAAAUAAUCACAAUCAGCAUCAGCAGCAAUAUCAACAACAACAACAACACCUACAGCAACAGCAAUCGGAACAUAUAUCAACACAAUCUGAAUACUCGCAAUAUUCACAACAGAAUCACAACAAUUCAUGUGCUAUGAACAAUCAUCGCCGUCAUUUCACUGGUAGUCCGCUGAUGCGUGAUUUUGAUUUCUUUUUGGAUUCGGCCAGCCGCAGCAGUGGUGAACAGAUUGACCAACAAGAUGGCAUCAAUCACAAUCAAUUGGAUAACAGACACAAUAACUAUCGUUAUUCUCCUGAAACAACUGAUUACGAUUCCAACUGUGGUGACUUGGAUAGUCUUUCGGGUGAAAUGAAUGGAGUUUCCACUUCCUGCUCUAAUUAUGCUAAAUAUUACGCUUCUAGUAUGCCCGUUCUAGAAGAUGGUCUUUCAUCUGGUCACACUUCCGAUACUGAGAAUAAUAAUAAUAUUAAUAAUUUGCAACAACCGCAACAGAAUUCAGCCAUACAUCAUACACCAAUCGGUGGCGGCAUUUCCAUGUUAAUGGAUAUGAAACGAAUAUCCACAAAUAACAGCAUUAAUAGCAUGAACAAUAUGAUGUCAACUACUACUGACAGUAGCGAAAAACGUAGCGCAUUAUCUCCAAGCAUAAUACAUGAUAAUUUUAUACAUAAAAAUGAUAGCCCAGUUAAUGGUAUAAAUGAAGAUUCUGGUCGGGAAUCUGUUCGAUCCAGACGUGAUAAUCGAGAUUUGCGCGAACCACAUGAUCGUGAAAUACUUGGACAAAGUCCAACUAAAAAUAAUAAUAGCAACAAAGUUUUUAAGAACAUUGAUCCCGAGCUGGAUUCACUAUAUUCCAUAAGUGUAUUUCAUCGUCCUGAUAUGGUACAAAUGACGCCACCACCACCAGCGCCUGCACCUCAUCGCAAGCCUAAUAUUAUUAAUGGAGAACAGGACAUCCUACAACCAACACCAUACAAAGAAUUAUGUUCUGGAACAAAUGCGACAUCUCCAACAGCUAAACCUGUUACAUCUGUGGCAACAGUCAUUAGCUCAAACAUAAAUCGCUGUAAAGCUACACAAAGCACUGCAGCAACUACUCAACAAACUAUUUCGACAAGUCGUAGCAUACACGCUCAACCGCCUCCAAUACCAGAGCGUAACUUGCAGCGUUCACCUUCACCUGUGAUGAAUUCUCCAGUCUGGCUGGCACGUCAUUUAGACAAUAGUGCCAAUAAAAGUUUAUUAGAAUCAUCUUCAGAGAAUCAUUCCAAAAAUUUAAGCGCUGAUGAAGAUGAUGUAGAUACCGACUUAGAAACAGAUCGUCUGUUAGGACAUCAACGACUUGACGAUCAGGGCUACUACGAUGAAAAUAAGUCUUGGGAGCGUAAACCACGCUCAUUAUUAUCAAAAAUCUCACCAAAACAACAAAUACCAAGCACAAAAACACGUAAUGGCUAUAAUGCAUUACUCUCAUCCACACCGGAAAUCCCACCGCCCAUUCCACCGAAAAACUCAUCAAAUAAAUUACUUGAUAUUGGCGGCUCUAUGUCAUCAUCUGAACAUAUCGAUAAAUCGCCUAUGAAGUCAAUUGAUGUACAAGACUGUGUUGUAACUAUGGGCAGUCCAGUUGGUUCGGAUGGUUCUGCUUGUAUGAGUGGUAGCUCUAAGAAGGACGUCGAUCUCGUUGGUAAUACGAAUGGUAGUCAAAAUUGUAAUACCAGCGUAACUAGCAACAAUGUGAGUUCUAAUAAUACGAGCGGCGAGAAGAAAGUCAAAAAGAGUAAGAACAAAGAAGGUGGCGCAGUGCUUAUCGAAGGUGUGCUUUUCCGUGCGAAAUAUUUGGGCUCUACGCAAUUGGUAUGUGAAGGACAACCUACUAAAUCCACACGCAUGAUGCAAGCCGAAGAAGCUGUCUCCAGAAUUAAAGCAUUGGCUCCCGAUGGUGAUGUCCAGCCUAGCACUGAAGUGGAUCUAUUCAUAUCAACAGAAAAAAUAAUGGUGCUAAACACAGAUUUAAAAGAAAUUAUGAUGGAUCAUGCGUUACGUACUAUAUCCUAUAUAGCAGAUAUUGGUGAUUUGGUAGUUUUGAUGGCACGACGACGCUUUGUACCACAAGACAUAGAUGAUGCACCCAAACCGAAUAGAACACCAAAAAUGAUAUGUCAUGUGUUUGAGAGUGAUGAGGCACAAUUUAUAGCACAAUCAAUAGGACAAGCUUUUCAAGUAGCUUAUAUGGAGUUCCUUAAAGCUAAUGGAAUUGAGGAUCAUAGUUUUGUUAAAGAAAUGGACUAUCAAGAAGUACUCAAUAGUCAAGAAAUAUUCGGUGAUGAAUUGGAAAUAUUUGCAAAAAAAGAAUUACAAAAGGAAGUUGUGGUACCAAAAGCAAAAGGUGAAAUACUUGGCGUUGUUAUUGUGGAGAGUGGAUGGGGUUCAAUGCUGCCAACUGUGGUUAUAGCGAAUUUAAUGUCAUCAGGUGCAGCUGCACGUUGUGGUCAACUAAAUAUUGGCGAUCAGUUGAUUGCUAUUAAUGGACUUAGUCUGGUAGGCUUGCCGCUUUCAACUUGUCAAACGUAUAUUAAGAAUACGAAAAAUCAAACUGUCGUCAAAUUUACAGUAGUGCCCUGUGCACCUGUAGUGGAAGUGAAAAUUAAAAGACCAAACACAAAGUAUCAACUUGGAUUUAGUGUGCAGAAUGGAGUGAUUUGUAGUUUAUUACGAGGGGGAAUUGCUGAACGUGGUGGUGUCCGUGUAGGUCACCGAAUUAUUGAAAUCAAUAAUCAAAGUGUGGUCGCGGUACCACAUGAAAAAAUUGUUAAUUUAUUGGCGACAUCUGUAGGAGAGAUUCUUAUGAAGACAAUGCCAACCUCAAUGUUCCGAUUAUUAACCGGCCAGGAAAAUCCGAUUUAUAUAUAAAUAUUGAGUAAAUGUAAUUAUAAUUAUUAAUUGUAAUGAACUCUUUAUUAUAGACAUUACUAUAUAAACAUUUAGUCUAUGUAAGUGAUUAGAAAAGAAAAUGUAAAGGUAAACUGUUAAC